UGGUUGGUUGGUUUGUGGGUGGCCGCCGCCGCCGGGCAGUGGCUACCGGCAAUAGCGGCGGGCAGAGCAACCACGUCCACAGCCAUGUAACCGCCCGCCCCCCUGCACGCACCCACCUAGCUGCUUUCCAUGAUCUCCUGCAGUCCUGAAGCCCAGCUGCCAAGCCUGACUGCUUCCUUCCUUGCCUCUCUCCCGGCCCCAUCGACACGGACAUGGACAUGGACAUGGAGGUGAAGGGGGCCUCGGCGCCGCCGUCCAAGAAGGCGGACGCGCGCACGCUGGUGGCGCACCUCCUGGCCGUGGCCGCCACCGUGCUGGUGCUGCUCUGGUGCGUCCACUUCCGCGGCGGCCUGGCCCUCCGCUCCCUCGACAACAAGCAGCUCAUCUUCAACGUCCACCCCGUGCUCAUGCUCCUCGGCCCCAUCGUCCUCGGCGGCGAGGCCAUCCUGUGCUACCGCUCCCUCCCGCUCGCCCGCGACGCCAGGAAGAAGGCGCACCUGGCGCUGCACGCCGCGGGCCUCGCCGCCGGCGCCCUCGGCGUCUACGCGGUCUUCAAGUUCCACGUCGAGAGCGGCAUCCCCAACCUCUACUCGCUCCACUCCUGGGUCGGCAUCGCCACCAUCUCCCUCUACGCGCUCCAGUGGGCCGCGGGCUUCCUCGCCUUCUUCUACCCGGGCGCCUCGCCGGCCACCAGGCGCAGGGCCGUGCCAUGGCACGCGGUCUGCGGCCUCCUCGUCUUCGCGCUCGCCGUCGGCACCGCGCAGCUCGGCUUCCUCGAGAAGCUCACCUUCCUGCAGGGCCCGCCCCUGCGCCUGCCCAAGUACGGCGCCGAGGCGAUGCUCGUCAACUUCACAGCGCUCGUCGUGCUCCUCCUCGGCGUCGCCGUCGUGCUCGCCACGGUCACCAUCGACGGCACAAGGUACAACACCAUCAUGUGAACAAUAAUACAUCAACUGCUUCUUGAUGUGAUGACACGUCACGAGCGAAGCGAUGAUACGAGGGUCUCUCUUAUAUGCAAUGCAAGCAAGCUAGCUAGCUACUGAAGUCCCAUUAAGAAACAUGCUGCAUGCUGCUACUAUGUAUUUAGUAGUAUUGCUUUGUAUUAUUCUGUACUGCUCUCUUCUGUAUAUAUGUAUGUUAAUUAUUUGGGCUGUCAAAUAAUACAUGUGCUUUCCGUGGACGA